AUGACUCCCACUUUUCUCUCCGUGGCUGGUCGCAGAGGGCGGGGUUCCGUGUCUGCGUUUGACAGCUGCGAAAUGGAAAAUGUAUAGCGCGUAGAUGGUCAGGGACACCAUGCUGCUCCAAGGCAACCAUACUAUCACAGGGAAUGGGAUGCAGCAUGGCUCUUUAUAGCCUGCAGAUGCCCUCGUAAAUCUGGGCCAAUUGGAGAACACCAAAUUAGGGAAAUCAUUUGCUUUUAUAGUGUAUGUAAAUCUGGGAUUUUUGGGGCCAUGCAUCGUGCGUUGUCGUUCCCGGUGACUGUGGAGCGCAGUCGGACCAAGGAGCGCCUGGAGGCGAGUUUGGCCGGGCUGUGUGAGCUGGAGCUCCGCAAGCAGAGGCAGGAGUGCCUGGUGCUGGGGGCGCUGGCUCUCGGAGACCCUCAGCUCCAAGACUGCUCCAGAGGAGAGCUGGCGUGUUUCAGCAGCUGGGGGCAGGAAAACUUGACACUGAGGCGUCAGCUGAGUGCUCUUCAGAGUUCCCCAUGGGGCCUGAUGCAGGCGCUGGAACAGCAGGUGGGAGACCUGAGGAUCGACACUGACGAGGGCUGCUCCGAUGCAGAAUACACAGGCAACAGUCGGCCGAGCUCUGGUUUCUAUGAGUCGAGUGAGGGUCAAUCGCAUACAGGAAGAUCUUGUUCCACUGAGCCCACAGAGACGGUCUCCUCCUGGGGUUCCACCAACAACAGGCCAAAGUCUGUAGGAGACCCCCUCAUGCUGAAUGGAGAACUGGAUGCACCAGUCCCACGUACCACCUUACCCCGUUCUUUCUCUGCCCCUUACCCACCUCUGGAGGGCAUUGCUGAAGAGGGUGCAGCAGUGGACUCCUGGCAGUGGGACCCCAGCGGAGCCAACCAACCUUGGCAGCAGCAACCUGCAGAGGAUCAGGUCACAGAGGAGGACUACCAGCAGGCCUUGAGGGUAGAGGGUUACAUCCUAAGUCUCAUCCAGCGUCAUACCCUAGCAUCAAGGCCCUGUCAGCCUCGCACCACACUGAGCCCCGACCCCCCAUACUGCAGUGCCUCCGGACACAGCUCCCUCCAGAGGAGAACCCAAUCUCUUACCACAGAACAACACUUUAUGGACCCCCACCUCCAGCCCCAUGUUGACCUUUCAGCAAACCCUAAAAGCCAGGGCUGGGGUUGUGACCUCUUAGAGGGGGAGGCCUGUAGAGGAGAGGCCCCAUCUUUGGAGGAGGACUAUUAUCUUGUCCUGCCCUACCCCCAGUCCAGGCCACACUCCUUGGCUGAGAGACUACCGUCACCUCUGUCCUCCUUGGACCCCAGUUGUGGUGUUGGGGCUCUUGACCCAUGUUGUGAGCCCCCAUCCCCCCAGCAUUACUUACCUCCAAAUCCCGCUAUUCAUCACAAAAACAAUUUAGUAAGUGCUCAGUAUAUUCCUGGACAGGCCUUCCAUGCCCCCGUGCGUACCCCCAGACACUACAACUCAGAGCAGCCUAAACCAACCCAAGCUGUCACCUCUCCUGACCACCAGAACUCCAAGUCCAGAACUUCUAAGAAGACCCACAAUGAGCGGCAAAGAACCAAGAAAUCAAGCAGUAAAACCAGUCGAUCCCAGUCUGAAAACAGCCUCCUGGGCCAGAGACUGCUGCCUGAGCGCAGGUACAGCACCACAGAGAGGCACCAAGGCAGGGGGGAUCUUGCUCAGAACCAAAACCAAGUCAAUGAACUGCAGAUUUGCCACAACAGCCACAAAGAGAGCCGACGUUGGUGCUCCAACCUAGAGCUCAGCCAAGAUGAAGGGGAGACCAUAGCAGGGCAGUCACAUAGACGCCCUCGAAAAGCUCGCCAUGGUCAUUUUUGUCCCCAUUCCCAACCCCAGAACUACCAGCAGCAGCAGCACCCGCCAUGUUGGCACCCAGACUUCCAGGAGAGAGCACCUCUCUGUCAGGGAGAGGAGGGCUAUACUGGCGCCGCCCCCGCAGAGUCUGAGUCCAGCAUGAGCGAGGUGUAUUCCCCGGCCUCCAGCUCACUGUCCAGUGACUCAGAUGAGAGUGGAGGGCUUGUGUGGCCCCAGCAGCUGCCCCCACGUCUUGCUUCUACCUCCUCCUCAUCCUCACCUUCACCACAGGCCACUGCCAAUGCCCCCUCCCAAUCAAAAGCCGUUGUCAAGAUCAAAGCCUCCCAUGCUCUCAAAAAGAAGAUUCUCAGAUUCCGCUCAGGGUCCCUUAAAGUCAUGACUACUGUUUGAGGAAAUGCUCAAACCUGUUUUAAUCCCAUAACCUAAUAAUGUGUUGCACAAACGUUGUCAGAGGAACACUGUGGCUGCUACUUUUGGUCACCUAUAACUAACCAAUCCAGUAUUCACACUCUACCUCUUAUUACAGUACAGUAUGUUCUUAGUAAGAGACCUUUUCCAUCACACUAACUAUAGUCAAUUAGAGCAGGAUAAUAUCCAUUAGUCUAGUGUCUGGGGGUUGUCAGCUACAAAAUACAUUCAACCAGAUGAUUUCUAGAG